UUGUACACAACACACAGCCGACCAAUCUUCAAUCUUUCUACCCUAACUAAUAGUCGUGUGGGUUUUUCCAGCGCCUCGACGAGGGAGAUAACCACAGUCACAGAAGACAUAACCGGAAAAGGGACAUCCGAAUUCCGAAGCAGAGACUUCCAGAUAAUGUCCGGUAUGUACAGCCAAAACGGCGAUUCCGCCGCUCCUCCUUAUCAAGGCGGUAGUCGAUACGGCGGUGGAGGUAAUGGCGGAGGUCGGAGUGGCGGUAGAGGGGGAGGUGGUGGAUAUGGAGGUGGCGGCGGUGGUUAUCAAGGAAGAGGAGACCGUGGAGGCGGCGGCAGAGGAGGUGGUCGAGGUGGAGAUAGUGGCAGAGAUGGCGAUUGGCUUUGCCCUAAUCCUGGCUGUGGGAACUUGAAUUUUGCAAGAAGAACUGAGUGCAAUAAAUGCAACACGCCUUCUCCCGCUGGUGCCAAAAAUGAUCGCGGUGGUGGCGGAGGUGGGAAUGGUUAUAACAGAGGUGGGUAUUCUGAGAACCGAGGAGGUGGCAGAGAUGAUGCCAAUAGAAGUGGAAGUUACAACAGUGGUGGUAGAAGUGGGGGUUAUGAGAGUAGAAGUGGAGGCGGCGGCAAUAGAGUUGGGUCUUAUGGUGGUAGAGGAGAAGAAGAUGGAUAUAAUCAGGUGCCUCCUCCUGCAGCAGCUCCAGCUUAUGGUAGUGGUGGAGGUAAUUAUCCUCAACCUCCCAACUCGUAUGGAGGGAAUGCUAAUUAUGGUGGUGUAAAUGCAGUUCCGCCACUUACAAGCUAUACCGGCGGUCCUACAUCAUACCCUCCAUCUUAUGGUGCUCCUCCCAUGUCCGGCUAUGGUAGUGAAGCAACUGGUGAUGCAAGAGGUGGUGGUCGUGGUGGCCCUCCAGCUGGGCAUGGUAGUAGUGGUGGAUCGAGGAGUCAAGGAGGAAGUGGUGGUUAUGGUGGUAAUGAUGUUGGUGCUGAUGCGGCUCCUGCAAUUAAGCAAUGUGAUGAGAAUUGUGGUGACACCUGCGACAACUCUAGAAUUUACAUAUCUAAUUUGCCUGCUGAUGUGACGGUUGAAGAAUUGCAAGAGCUUUUCGGUGGAAUUGGACAAGUUGGAAGGAUUAAGCAGAAGAGGGGCUACAAGGAUCAAUGGCCUUGGAACAUAAAGAUAUAUACUGAUGAAAAGGGCAACCAGAAAGGCGAUGCAGUUUUAUCUUAUGAGGAUCCAUCUGCUGCACAUUCUGCUGGUGGCUUUUACAACAAUCAUGAAAUGAGAGGUAACAAAAUUAGUGUUAUGAUGGCCGAGAAGACAGCUUUGAGGCAACCUGAGCAUGGGUAUAUUCUUUUCACCAUUUAUGUGGAGGCGGCAGAGGUGGUGGAUAUGGUGGGCGGAGGGAUAACUACAGAGGCGGUUCUGGGCCUGACAGGCAUCAGCAUGGAGGGAAUCGUUCACGGCCAUACUGAGAGAGAGUCUGCUCUGAGAUGUGGUUAUUUUGUACUCUAGGAAUUGUGUAUGAUGGAGGUUUACUAUGUUCCAUUACCUUUGGGGGUGUUGUUCUUAAUCGGAGGGAGAUUAAGAGGUAGGUUGUUUGCUGAGCAAUGCCCCUUUUUCUCCUUUUUGCCUGCUCACAAUAGACUUGACCUUUCGCCUUAGCCCCAGGAUUGAUACAGUUUGUGUGAAUUGUCUUUUCUUUAUAGACGCAAGUGGAUAGAAACUCCGAAUUGCUUGCUUGCUGCUUAAGGUGGGUUGAUUAUAUUCAGGUGAGUAGCCAGCUUCUUUUACUGUCGUCCAUUAGUCCCAAUUGACAUGCAUGAAGUGAGUGUAUAAAGUGAUAAUGCAUUGAGUAUCUUUAGAAUGGGACUCUUCAUGCAUGGAAAUAAGCCGAGAAUAAUACACCUGCUAGGUGCGAUGUUUGUCUUCUUUCCAACUGUUGGUGUUUUCACGCAGGGUACGUUUGUAGAUGUAUGAAAUGAACUAUUAUUCUGCUUGGCAUGUCUGGCUGUCGUGUCUUUGAUCUAUGCCUUUGCUUUGAACAAGAUCAAUGUUUGUGGGGCUUUAGUGGUGAUCUUGUAAACAUAAUUAGACUAGAGUGGUUGUGUGUGACAUGUUUCUGAGAUUCGUAUGGAUGAUCUGCUAUCUCUUGGACGGAUGAUUCGUUUGGUGGUGGUCGAUGCAUUGUCUGUUGGGUUUGUCAAUCCUCCUCUCCUGCAAAUUGAUCAAGAGUUAGCCUGCCCCUUCGGGCGUCAAGAGUGACAGGCAAUGAAUAAUACAUGCUGUUUCGAGUGUAUGGAAUGGAAGUUUAGAUUGUUAAUUUUGGCACAUGAAUUACUAGUGGGGUUUUAGCACAGGAAUGAGUAAAUAAUGUGAACAUGUAACUCUUGUCUAGUGGACUAGUGGUCUUAAAUUGAAAGCCGUGUUGUUCUGGG